GCUAACUGUUGCUUUGCUUGGUGGACACUGGUUCCAUGGUGUCCACAGUCACUGAGAGUUUCUUUUUGGAGAAGUUUGCACCUUGGGGCUUUGAUCGCCUUCGGUCUUGUCACUGGCUACAGCUGCGAGCAGCUAACGGCUUAGCCAUUCCAUACAUUGGCUACUUGGAACUUGAUGUAGAGCUGUGUGGUAAAGUGAUGUCCCGUUGUGGGAUCCUGAUCGUUAAGGACCCCCCUGGUGCUGUGUCUCCUGUCCCUGGAAUCCUGGGGAUGAAUGUGAUUCGUCGCUGCUAUCGAGAGCUCUUCGGGGCCUUUGGCUCUUCUCUUUUUGACACACCCAUCGUGUCACAGGCACCUGUUGCUGUCAUCGCAGCUCUACAGGAGGUCCACCAGUCUCCCGCUCAGGUUCCAGGGAAACUCACUGACAUUGCGAGGGUCCGGGGAAAGCAUGCAGUGCGCAUACCUAGAGGGGUGAUGAAGCUGGUUGCUAGUACCUGUCCUGAACAGCUUUCUGGUCAAAGUGCUCUGUUCGAGCCCCCAGAGUCGGGCUUACCAGCUGGGCUGCUCGCCUCACCAUGCCUCGUACAGGUUGUCCGGGGUACAGCAUACGUCCCUGUGGUCAAUGUGGGGACGACCGAAGUUCUGCUUUACCCACGUACUGGUCUUGGUGUCUUGAGUGCUGCCCAGGUUGUCAGCCUUCCCGCAGGUGUGACUGAGGUGGGGUCAUCCUUUGCAGCUGUUUCCUCUCAGACAGCUGCCCCCUCAGUGCACGAUAGGUUAGAUACAUUGGACAUGUCUUCAUUGACUGAGCAGGAAAAGACAGGCGUAAAGUCUUUGUUGUUCAGGUACCAAUCUGUCUUCUCAGCCCAUGAUGGAGACUUGGGCUGUACAACUCUCAUUUCGCAUGACAUCCCCGUACUUGAUGAUGUGCCUGUCCGACAGAGGCACCGCCGCAUCCCUCCAUCGGAGUACGAAGCAGUGAAGGCCCACAUUAACCAACUCUUGGAGUCCCAAGUCAUUAGGGAGAGCUGCAGCCCCUAUGCAUCACCAAUUGUUCUGGUGAGGAAAAGGGAUGGGAGCUUGCGCUUGUGUGUUGACUACCGCCUCCUCAACAGCAAGACCAGGAAAGAUGCCUUCCCCUUGCCUCGCAUUGAGGAAACCUUGGAUGCACUUUCUGGGGCCUGCUGGUUCUCCACCCUUGACCUAGCCAGUGGUUACAAUCAGGUUCCUAUGGCAGAGCAAGACCGGCCCAAGACCGCUUUCUGUACACCUUUUUGGCCUCUUUGAGUUCAACCGCAUGCCCUUCGGGUUAUGCAAUGCCCCUAGCACCUUC